AUGUUUGUGAUUGGAGCCGUACUCAAGCUCACUACUUGGAUCUUGCUCAUUAUCUUCUGCAUCAAGCGCAACCGCCACACCCAACAUAUCAUCACAUAUGUUAACUCCCCUCCUAUCCAACAACCAAUGCCCUUCCAACAGACCUACGCCGCACCUCAACAGACCUACGCUCCACCUCAUCGGACUGCCCAGUUCCCUCAAUCUCCUAACUUACCUCGCGCCGACUACCCUGAGAUGGUCGCCUCAUCCAUCUCCGGUACGCCUCCACCUAAUGAGGCGAAUGCAAUCGCCAAUGUUUCCAGGUACUGUGCUCAGUGCGGAAUCGCUGUCUCUAGCAGACUCUGCCCCCAAUGUGGUGCUCAAAGCUAA